CACAAGUUUGACAAGUUGUGCUUUGCUCACUCGUAGGCAGGUGGUCAAGGCCAGCGAAUCAAACGCACCCAGCAGCCAGAGGCGCCUUGGUAUCCCUCCCCCUGCUCGACCCCUCCCCGCUUUUCCACAGCUUCCCAUUUUGGCUCCGUGUGUGUGUGUGUGUGUGUGUGUGUGUACACGCGCACGUCUUCGGGAUUUGGGCUCGAGAGUCCGACAAAGUUUUGGAGGAGAAGAAGCAAAGGAAGAAGCAGGAAUCGUGUCGUUUUGGAGGUGAAAUGUUGCAGCUGCACUAAAUGGUGGCGUGGUGCCCAGUGGGCCGGGCCAGGAGGCUCCUGGUCAUCUUGAUGUGGGCGUGGCUUCAUGGACACGUUCUCGGGUGCGAGUGGUCCAAGUGCGGGUCUGUGUUGACCGAGUCCGAGGGCUGGCUGACGUCUCCGUGUUACCCGCGCAAGUACGGCAACUCCCAAACUUGCCGAUGGAUCCUGCGAGCGCCGUCGGGCUUCGUGGUGCAGAUCUCGGUCGAGGACUUUGAGCUGGAGGAGGCGCCGGGAUGCAUCUACGACCGUCUGACUGUCUCCACGGGCAACGGAGAGGUCAAGUUCUGCGGUGUGACGGCUGCUGGCCUGGUGCUCAACUCCAGCGGGAAUGCAAUGGACCUGGAAUUCACUUCUGACUUCAGCGUUCAGAAAAGGGGCUUCAGGAUCAGCUUCAGACACGUUGCCGUGGCGUUGAGAAAUCAGAAGGUGAGCAUCACUGGCGACGACGUGCCGGCAGCCAAAGUGUCGUCUUCUGUUGCCAUGCCGACACUGCAUCACCUGACACUGUGCUUGGAGAUGGAACGCAGCGGGCCGCCACAGCAGGCGGAGUGGAUCUUCACGUACACCAACGCAGACGGAAACGUGGCGUUGGCGCUGGGUGCGGACGCCGGCGGCCGUGUCAAAAUGGUGGUGGCGGGCGCGACAUGCUCGCUGGACUCCAUUGUGACAGCGGGCGACUGGACGUCCUCCAUGAGCGGCUUGUGCGUGCUGUGGGCAUCGUCCGGCGGCCGCGUGGGCGUCUACUUCAACGGCAACCACUGGGCCAAGACCUGCUCGGAUUCCAGCGGGCGCUCCGUGCUGGGUGGCGGCACCUUUCGCCUGGGAGGGCCUAGCAACUUUUUGGGCAGCAUGUACAAUGUUCGCCUUUGGGACUACGCCAUGACGGUACAGCAGCUCAACGCGCUCACCUGCCACGAGGCAGGAAACGUCAUCGACUGGGACAAAAACUUCUGGGACGUACCUCCCACCCUGGCCCAGACGGACGCCGGCCUAAGCUGCAGUGUGUCCCCACCCAGCAAUGGCUCCCUCCACGGCAACUGCGACUCCACCCACCUGGGAUGUCCAGCCGCUUCCUCUCCCGCUGACUCCACUAACACCAUCCAUGCUACUAAUGCAACACAUACACACGUCCAUCUGAUCACAGCCUCUCCGCCCACCCGCAUGCCUCUAACCCCCACCAGUACCACCAGUCUCACCAGAACCAGUAGGAGUACCAGCAGGUGGUCCCUGGCUCAGCAGACGCAGCGCCACACACUGGCAGCCAUCACUAACAACACCCUCACUAACCUACCAACGCCUGAGGCCUUGUUCUACAGACUGGCUGUGGUGGUGCGUGAUGGGAGCUCGACCCUAACUCGAGCUGCCGUGGAGGAAGCCGUGGGCUUCUGGCUCAACGAGACCUUCCACAACUGGACUCACGCCGCCUCCGUGGACUCGCUCAGCGUCCAGUCUGCAGGUCACUCAAGGUCAAAGCCUUUGCCCUUCAGGUUUAAGGUCACGGUUAUGUUGUGUGGCGCUCACAUCGAGCCGCUGCUGUCACGCAGCUUCCUGUGCCGUGCCCUGCUGCGCCACCAUGAGAUUACCGAUGACAUCACAGAUGUACCUGCGGAGGUCCGUGACAGAAUCUCCAGUGGCGACCCUCGCAUUGGCGCCGGUCUCGAGGUCCACGCGCACUCCAUACGUGUCAACGCCUUGGAGAACUGUCCAGAAGACGACACAGUUCACUACCGGUGGCCCGAGACCCCGCCCGGCGUAGCUCAGCUGCUGCCGUGCUUCCCCAACAAGGAGCAGAGCGCCACCCGCAGCUGCAUGAUCGACCUUCACAACUUUUCAUCCUUCUGGUCAUCCGCCGACUUCAGCAACUGCACCGACAUCGAUGCCAUCCAAGUGUCGGCAGAGAAUGCGGCCGAGGUCGCCGUGCAGCUCGCCGCCAUCACCGACAACCAGCUGUCCCGGGAAGAGGUGUCCAAAGUGGUGGGAAAAGUGCAGCAGCUGGUGGACGUGGCCAACAUCAACACCAGCUUGGCCUCCACCGUGGUCACCAUCAUCUCCAACGUGAUGAGCAGCCCCCACAGCACCCUCGCACCUGCCUCAGACAGGGCAUUAAAGGCGGUGGAUCAUCUUUUGGACAAGUUGCAGUUUGAAGGCUCGAGCGUGAGCAUCAGAUCCAGACGUCUGGCUUUAGGGGUGUCGGCCUUUACCGCGUCUGCCUUUAAUGGGACCUCUUUCAGCGCCUUCAUCCCAACAAAUGCCACCGACCCUCAGAUUGACUUUGAGUCAGAGCGAAUCAAUUCGCUGGCUCAAGUCACGCUCCCGUCCUCGCUGCUGUCGGGGGCCAAGCCGUCGUUGCCGAUCCGCAUCAACUUCCUGUUCUUCAGCACCACCAGCCUCUUCCAGAAGCGAUAUUGCUUCGGGGCACGUCACCAGAGAUCUUGCGUUGGAGAGAAGAGAUACAGACUGUGUGGAAGGUGUCGGCUUACGAAGCUGGAGCAGGACGGCCGCGCGCUCAUCAGUUAUGUGGUGGCGAGCAGCGUUGGAAACCGCAGCAUCAGCAACCUGCAGGAUCCUGUGGAGAUCCACAUCACUCAUUUGUCACCUCAAACCAUCCUCAGUCCAGUCUGCAUGUUUUGGGACUUCAGCAUGAAUGGUGGUGCCGGAGGCUGGAAUGGCGAUGGCUGCCGCGUGUCCGAAGAAUCUGCCGUCAACAAAACGGUUUGCCUGUGCGACCACCUGACGCACUUUGGCAUCCUGAUGGACAUUUCAGGAGUGUCACCGCACAUCGACCGGCGUAACAACCGCAUCCUGACCUUCAUCACCUUCAUUGGCUGCGGUGUGUCGGCCAUCUUCUCAGCCGCCACGCUGCUCACCUACGUCGCCUUCGAGAAGCUGCGUCGAGAUUACCCGUCCAAGAUUCUGAUGAAUUUGAGUGCGUCGCUGCUGCUCCUCAACAUGAGCUUCCUGCUCAAUGGUUGGUUGUCGUGGCAACGCAGCGAGGCUCUGUGCCUGGCGGCGGCCGCGCUGCUUCACUACUUCCUUUUGACGUCGUUCACGUGGAUGGGCCUGGAGUCGGUGCACAUGUACAUCGCGCUGGUCAAAGUGUUCAACACGUACGUGCACAGAUACAUCCUCAAGUUCUGCCUGCUGGGCUGGGGCAUUCCCGCCGUGCUGGUGGGAUUGGUCCUGGUGGUGGAUAAACGCUCAUACGGACCCCAGGAGUAUGGCGGCGGCCAUUUUGGUGAAGGAUCGUCACAGUUCUGCUGGAUCCGAAGUGCUCUGGUGUUCUACACGGCGUGCGUGGCCUACUUCUGCCUCGUCUUCCUGCUCAACGUGGCCAUGUUUAUUGUGGUCAUGCUGCAGAUCUGCGGACGCAACGGCAAGCGCGGAAACCGCACGCUGCGGGAAGAGGUGGUCCGUAACCUUCGCAGCGUGGUCAGCUUGACCUUCCUGCUUGGGAUGACGUGGGCCUUCGCGUUCUUUGCCUGGGGACCGGUCAGCCUCGUCUUCGUCUACCUCUUCGCCAUCUUCAACUCGCUGCAAGGAUUCUUCAUCUUCUUCUUCCACUGCGCUCUCAAAGAGAACGUUCAGAAGCAGUGGAGACGCUCGCUUUGCUGCGCUCGCUUCAGACCCUCGGACAACUCCGACUGGAGUAAAACGCCGACCAACAACACCAAGAAGGCGGCUUCGGAGCAGGCCGUCCAGUCCUUGUCGUCGGGCUCGUUCGGCUCCAGCGCUGCCUACUGGACCUCCAAAGUCAGACUGACGCCUUUCAACAAUGCAGAAAAACAAAAUCAGACCAGCCCUUUUUCCUCAAAGGUGGCGUCCAUCUCGUCGUCGUCGUCUGUCCUUCCCGUCAGCCAGAUGAUUGACAGGGUCAAAGGUUACUGCUCCACGCGCUCUGAUGGCUUCUAAAAGAAUAUCACUGACCAACAGCUAAGCCUCAUCCCCCCCACCCCACCCUGUUCUGGACUGCAGGACACAGACAGAACGCCAUGAUGUCACAACAAACAGGAAGUGACAUCAUGGCGUGGCCCCUACAAGAAUUCAUUGUGAAUGUCCAGUGACUGCCUAAUGGUCGCCAGGUGGUCCUCGCAUGGUUGACGGGUGCUCCCCGCGUGGUUGCCUGAUUGUUGCCGCGUGGUCCCCACCUGGUCACUGGGUGGUCCCUCUGGUGGUGGCUCAAGUUCCCCGCCAUAAAUGAAGGCCAGGAAUAUCCAACAUGGAGAGAGUCAUUUCUCAUAACUAUUUGACGUUUUAUCAAUGUUGUUCCAGUGGGAUUGCUUCCAUCUGCUUUCAAUCACUUCACCUGACAAUCCCAAACAUGAGCCAACCACUGUCCGGCCUCAUGCAAAGCGGUUCCAUGUGACCUUGGACACUUUUGCACCGUCCUGUGAAAGCAUAUAGUGCUGAGUCAUGCAUAGUGUGAAGGGCAACAAUAACUAUGCUUCGAGCUUCAGAUUGGAUAUGUAGAACUUUCAGCACAAGCUUUAAGUGUACCAACUUUUUCCUGAUAUUUUAACAUCCAACUGCAUGUGCUUUCAAUUUUGCCUCUAACACAAGGCAUUUCAGUGGUGUCUCAGGAGGGGGCAAGAUGUAAAAGAGGUCUUACCGCGCUCCUUGCAACUCUAUCUGACUACAUGAACAGAAUAAAUCCCCUAAUCCAAAAAAAUAAAGAAAAUGAUGAAUUAUGAUAA